CCACUUGAAGAUUUAUUAAAAGUUUUGAACAAUUACAAGUUUAAAAACUUGUUGAACUGAUCAUGAAAAUUUUUUAAAAUGUUUUGAACAAAAACAAGUUUAAUAAUUUGUUGAACUUAUCGCGGAGAUUCUAUUGAAGUUUGAAAAUCAACUCAAUAUAAUGCACGACGGAAAAAGAACUAGUAUCACAUGAAAAAUUGGGUGGGUGUGGUUCCCAGGUGAUCAAUAGUGAGUAAGUCUAAAACCCUUUCAAAUUCCAACAUCAGGCUGGCGACUUUGCUAAAUUUUUGGACCCGAAAAAAAAGAGAAAAAAAAAAAGAAAAGGAGAGGACUCUUCUUUGCACUUCUCCAAUCAUCAUUCGCCCACCACUUGACCACGAUUCCAAAUCAAAUUCCUUUCCUUUUUAUCAGUUUUAGUUCAAUUAAUUGUAGUUGCCGUACCCAUUAUCCUGCAUGAAAUUCGCCAUAGAGAUGUAAGCUUCUUUGAUUGCAGUGAGCUCUAACUUUUGCAUAUUUCUCCCCAAAGGGUGAACAUAUCUCCCUUCUUUUUGUGGUGUUUAAAUGUCUUAUAAAACCUUUUGCGCCUAGCAAAAUGUAAUCCUAUCGUAAAUUUGAAAUUGAGUAUGCUUAUUUUGUGUUUUGAACACCUAUGGUUCAACUCUUGUAGGUUGCAUCCAAUUGGGUUUAAUUAGAGAUGGAUGUCUUCACUGAAUCUGGUGGUAUCAAAGAAGAUAUGCACGCCUUCAAUCUUUUCCCUAUUCAGAUGACAUCCGUGAUUAUUCCUGUUCAAUCAAUCUACGCUACAUCAAUAUCUCACGGUGAAACACACACAUUUAUUUGUACAAUGGAGCCUACAAAAGUUAAAGUUUAUGACAUCAGUGACCGUAGUGCUGUUAGAUGUGUGGAUACACACUUUCCUGGGGAGGAUUCGAUUUUAAUGCAUCCUUCUAUGAAAAUCGCAGCCCUGAAAGGCCUUCCUAGUUUCAAUUCUGUGAGGAAUCUAGAUCGUCUGCGAAUUGUGUAUUUUGAGGAAAAGGAAGAAUUUGCAUAUUGUGACAUACCUCACAAGAUUCGAUAUUGGAGAUGGAUCCAGGGUUUAACGCUUGGUUUGGCUUCAGAUUCAUAUGUAUAUAUGCUGUCAUUGGGAGAAACCUUAAACCUUAUCCAAGUGUUGGAUAUUAGCAAUACACAUUUGAAGGUCAUAGACUAUCAGUGUGAUCCCUCCGUCAAUUGGCUUGCUUUGACAUUUUCAGAAUCUUGUGAAUCUCAUUCGAGUUCCCAUCUAGGAGAAGGAUCAAAAACAAUGGUCAUCUAUUCAGUGCAAUCAAAGAGUCAUUUAAAUCUUAAUUUUGUUUCUCCUGUUUGUUUUGACCCUUCCAGUGUGGAAGGAUGUGCAUUACUUAUUGGGGCAGAACUUUUAGGUUCUUCCCUAAUCCUGAGAUAUCUCACUAUCACAAAUCAGGGAGGAACAGUGAACCAGCCGUUGUUCGUAGAUAUUGUGCAACUACAAAAAGAUGUUCAUGAGCAAAAUAUUCUGACCGACUCAGUAUUUGCGCUUAAGUAUUGCGGAAGAUAUAGCUGGGUUUAUGUGGUAACAAAAAACGGACUUGUGCUUGUGUUUGAUGUAAAGCAAGCUACUUUGGUCCACAUCUCACGAAUUGAUCCGUUAAGUUUGAUGUCUGAACUUUCAUUAGAGGGCGACUUUUGUGCUGUCAGCACAUUAGGCAAAGUGUUUAUUGUUGGUAUCAACAAACAGAAUAUAGUCCCUCAUAUUGGAUUCGUUAGAAAAGCCUGGGUCCUAGCUUCAGAACUUGCUUCAAGAACCAAUCUUCCGGGUGCUGAAUCUUUGUUUGAACAUCAAUUCCAAUGCUUACUUGAUAGCGGAAAAUAUGAGGAAGCUGCAAUAUGUGCGGCUAAUUCACCACAAGACUCUCUUCGCACCCAUGUUCAUCUGAGGAGACUUUUGCUUUUUUGUAGUGACCCUGGUAGAAUUCCUGUAAAAAGGUACUUUGAUGUGCUGGAAAAAUAUCGAAAAGAAAUAAGUAAGGACGAAUAUGAAGUAUAUUGCAAUCACUAUGUUGGAAGUAGGACUCCAGUUAGAGGUUUGCUAGCCCUUAAUAGGUUUAAGUGCACUGAGGACCUAGGCGACUACAUUAAGGGGGUGGAUCUUGAUGUCGCCACAAAAAUUUACAUGAAAGCAGAAGCAUCAAAGAAAGUGAUAGAUAUUUUUGCUCGACAAAAUGACAUUGAGGGAAUAUUCAUAUACUGCUGCCUGGCUGGGUUCUAUGACUAUUUUUAUAUUCUUGAAACUCUUCUUCAAACAAGAAGUAAGGAUGCUGUCACUUUUGCUAGGAUCCUGAAGAAAAGGUUUUCGAUUGAAUCCAUAUGUAGAUUCCUUAUAAAGAAUGGAUAUGAACAUGAGGCUGAGGAACUCCGCGAGGAAUAA